AAUACAAAAUACGAAACAGAAACAACUAAGCAAGCAGUAACGGUGUUCUGAGAGACUGUGAGGAAAGAUUUCGACUUCAAUAGAAAGUAGUUGCUUAUCAGAAUCAGAAAAUCUUCAGGGGAAGUAUGGAGUCCCCAGCAUCCCCCAUGAAGUGGAGCGAUAUUGAGUCUGAAGCUCUCCAAUUGGCAAACUACUUGCAGACGUUGAUUCCGGCGACCCCAAGUGACUCUCCCAACUUUAUCGUUGAUACAAAAAGGCCAGAGUUUUUAGUAGGUUCAAGUCCUAUGCUUGACAGUUCUACUGCCCAAGUUAAGCCUAAACGAACUGAACUCACUCCCGACAUAGUUCAGCAAAACACCCCAGAUGUUCCUCGCCGAGAUUCCAAUACAACUCAGCAUUUCUAUCAAGAAAAUGGUGGAGUACUAAACUAUGCAAAAAGAGCAAUUCUCAAGACUGAAAUAAACCAUUUCAAAGCAAAGUCACCGCAUGUUUUUUCACCUCUUGAAAUGGGUCGAUCCCCCUUAAGGGAAUUGUCGAAUACAUCUCUGACAGGUACGAUGUCCUCACCAGAGAACUUGGUCAUGCUGAGCCCUGACUCAGAGUGUGGCCUUGGUCCUUGUCAGAAUUUGGCUGCAGUGAACACCAGUGUUUUAAAACCAACCCUCACCAAUGAGGGGACCAUGAGAGACAACAAUGUGACUUCUGCUAAUGAGCUGGACAAUGUUAUCCUCCAGCCAGAGAUGGCUCAUGAGAAAAGUGGUUCUGUAGAAAAAAGUUCCCCUUCAACAUCACCUCCUUUGACUGUUACAGAGACAUUUUCUCCACUUUCUGCUGAAAGGAGACAAACAGCUGGCGCGUCUUUAACAGGUGUGCUCCCUGAACAAACAGAAACUUUGACAUGUUUAGUAUCAUCUUCUGAAAAGAAGGAAACUUUGACCUGUUUGGAACCAACAUCUCCAGAGAUUGAGGAUUUAAUUUUUCCAUUACCGUCAUCUGAACUGAUAGAAAAGAUGGAAACGUUGACAUGUUUGGAACCAACAUCUCCAGAGAUUGAGAAUUUAAUUUGUCCACUACCGUCAUCUGAACUGAUACAAAAGAAGGAAACUUUGACAUGUUUACAACCAACAUCUCCAGAGAUUGAAAAUUUAAUUUGUCCGCUACCAUCAUCUGAUCUGAUAGAGUCUUUGGUGAGUGUUCCAUCUUCUGAUAAUACAGGUAAACAGAUUUCCCCCCUUUUCACUGAGAAUGAUUUGGUUGAACAGCCCCUUCUUUCAAUGAGCCAGUUAAUCACUUCAGAACUGUGUGAUGACGUCUGUCAACGAGCUGUGGAUGAUCCACCCAUCCCAGCCUGUUCACAAGAUCCUGUUGAAGUGAAGACAUCUGGCAUUGAAGUCACGGGUCAAAACCAAGAGGAUAUUGUAUCUUCAGUAACUUGUGAUGAAGAUGGAGGUAUGGCCACCUUGUUUUCGGCCUCAGAUGGAGACAAACUGGCAAAUUUUGUGACUGACUUGAUUUCAAUUACAGAUCAAGAUGAGAUAGCACCACCUGCGUUACUAUUGCCAAGUUCUGGUGCUAUAGAUGGACAUGAACUUUUUACAGUCGCACCCAUUGACCUUGGAGCAGGCCUGACAGAGUCUAAGGAAACUACCUGUGAUCAGCAACAUGAGGCCUCAUUUUCCUUAACUUCAAACAUCCCAGUAAUGGGGGGUCGGUCUGACAGCCCCACUGGUGAUCAAGCUAGUAGUACAACUGGGGUGAAUCAAACUAUCAGCCCUACUGAGAUGAAUCAAACGAGCAGUACAAAAGUGUCCUCAUCCUCCUCAUGUGCUGAAGAGGACUCUGAGGAAGUCAAGAAAGCACAGCCGAGAAAGUCAGUUGGACAAAUCGCGACCACCAAAGGACAGUCACAGAAAGCCCCAACUGCGAAGCCAUCUCUGAUGAAACCUGGCAUGUUUCAGUCUAAACUACGACAGAGGCAAUUAUCAACUCGACGCACUUCUGGGUUAUUAGAGACAGAAAGGAGAAAAAGUUCAACUAUCCAUCAGCCCGCCGUGAGCAGUCUUCAGCAGAAAAAGUCACCUGUGAUUCCCCAUAAAAGUCAAGUCCCACUUGCCACCGAUGCUGGCAGCAAUCUUAUACCAAUGGGAUCGAGAACUGUCACUCGCAAGCCGCUGAAGGGUCCAAUGAAGGCCAACAGAUCUCAGGAGCCCUCCAGUGAUAAGGACUCUGCAGAAAAUUCUGAAAGAACAGUUUUUGCUUCUUCUCGUGGUGUCGUAAACAAUGACCCAACAAAAGAAAGCCGGCUACCAUGUCCAGCUGCCUCAAAGCUGGCACGAAGAGUCCAGUCAGGGCUGAGACCUCCAUCAAAUUUUAAGUCUGCUCUGCCUACUUCCCUAUCGAAGCCUGGAAAGACAGUAGCACAAGAGAAAAGAACAGUUAAUGUAGACCCCUCAAGGACUGUGAUCAAACCACGUGGACAUUCUAGAGGGCCCACUGCCUCACAAGACCCUGCAGGGAUGGACCAGGUAGCCACUGGUAUGACCAACAGGGGGGACGGCCAGACUGUGGAUUUGUCUCGGACUGUUACCAAAAAAACAACAAAGAGAGGCCCCCUUAAAGCGACCUUGCCAAUGGAAAUGACUGGAGCCAGAAAUCUGGGUCAGGGGACCCCUACAUUAGGGAAGCCAACACUCAGUUCCCACACAAUCACCAAAAGUUUUGGCAUUCGGACUGCUGGUCAACCAGCAACUUUAGAGGAGACUCCAGUUAAACGUGCAGAUACCCUGGCUCCUCGUCGACUGUCGACAGUGUUUGUUGCACCAGGAAAAGAAAGAGGAUCAGAAUCUCCGCGUGCAGGGAGUGGCCACAGGAGUGGAAGGAGCAGCAGCAGUUCUGAUGAUGGAGGAGCUUUUAAGCCACGACGUGCUCUCGUACAAAACACACCGGAUGCGGAGCCAAGACGACUUUCCCGCUGGUCACCCGUGCCACGCAACCGAGGCAUUCCAGAGGAAGAGAUGGUCUUCCAAUGUACCAAGCGCAGUGCCCCAAUCAAGGCCUUGUCAAAGAUGAAGGAGUGACUGGAAGUAAAGUAAUUUCUAACUGCUGACUCUGAUACGCUUCUCACUAUAAAUAAAAGCAAGACUAUGGCUUAAUGUCAGGGAUAAACUUUUAUCGUAGCUAAAACUACCAUUGCUCUGAGGAAAGUGUUUCACCUUCAAAAUUACCUACAGUAAGUAUAACUAGUACAGUAGUCUCCGCCUAAACGCACGCCAUACAAAAGCACGCUCCGCUCAAACGCACGCUUUCAUCAUC